AUGAGUGAGCAAACUAUUGAACGCCAACAACGUAGUCAAGCUCUUAUAGAUGCUGCAAAGCAUUUCAAAGAAGCAUGUGAGAUAUUUCAACGAGAAGCUGACAGGCUUCACGAGGAGCAAGAAUCCAUCGAUGCUAUGUCCAAGAAACUUGAUCAGGUUCACUUUAAAUCCACCGUUAAACUUAAUGUUGGAGGACAGCACUUUACCACAAGCGUGCACACUCUGACAAAGGAUCCCAACUCGAUGCUGGCUGCCAUGUUUUCAGGAAGGUUCGACAUGAAGCCAUCUGAAGACGGUUCGUUCUUUAUCGACCGAGAUGGAACUCACUUCCGCUUCAUCUUGAACUUUCUCCGCACAGGAAAGCUAACUUUGCCUGAAGGAGCUACAUGUACCAAGGAACUUGAGGAAGAAGCUGAAUUUUAUCAAAUUCAAGGACUCCUUGACGCGUUGAGGUCUGCUAAAUUAACAGUUAAAGUAUGUCCGCCAGACGAGCCAUUCAGAGAGUCGACCAUUUUGACGAAUGUAGAGUAUCGGAAAAUUUUGAAAGGCUGGUUACCGGAGGUCUUGGUGGGCGAAUGGCGUUUGCUGUUCCGAGCGUCACGAGAUGGCUUUGCUGCGUCAGCAUUUCAUUCUAAGUGCGACAACAAAGGGCCUACAAUCACUGUUGUGAAAAGCGGUGCAAACAUAUUUGGAGGUUUCACUGAAAAGUCGUGGGCAAAUUAUGGAGGAUGUAAGUUUUUACUCCAGUUGAUCAUCAUUUACACAUAUACCCGAAUGAGCCUCUUGACGCUUUCCAUGCUUUAUUUAUCAUUGUCCUGUAAGAUUUUGCGAUGAUCUCCCAUGACUCCCCUGAUCUCGUCUUGCGAAAACAACUAAUAUAGCAACAUGAUUCCGGCGUGGCUAAAACGAGGGUAAAGUUAACACCAAGGGUAAGGGUAAGGUUAAGGGUGAGGGUAAGGGUAAAGGUGAGAAUUGUUGUGGGAAUUCCAAUUUAGAUUUUCAUCCAAAAUUUCUCCCCCGAAAAUUGUCUUCUUUAUACUUUAUAUUUCUUUGAAUUUUACAAUUCGUACGUCUUGGACUUGACACGGUUUGAAGACCAUACAUUUGCCUUUUUUAAGUGUCAUUAAGCAUCAUCUGGCAUAUUAUUGGAAAACGGUGCUCUUUAAAAUGAAAGGCUGGUCAAGGGCUAUUCUAAUUUCAAGGUUUGGCUAACUUUUGCGUUUCUGUUGCAGUUAAGUAUUUCCAACAACGUGACCGCAAAUUAAUUUUUUACUCUUGAAAAGCUUGAAUAAAGGCAUGGAUUAAUAGUCUUCGAUCGUUCUCUGUACACUAAUAUAAUGGGACUGUUUAUAUGGGGAUGUGGGACCCUGGGUUGGCGAGGUGAUCCGCAAAAGGGUUAUAUUAAAAAGCAAACCACCUUUUCAUGCAAUCUUAGAACGUCCACAAUCCCUCAUGUUACAAAAAAUAUGCCGACAAUCUUUCAGAUAUAUUACAUUUGGAGACGAGCAAACGGUACAUCUAACACUUUCCAGGGAAUUAAUGACAAUAUACCUUCUUAACAGUCACCCUCACCCCCACCCUUGGUGUUACCCUUACCCUCGUUUUAGCAACGCCAGCAUGAUUCGUCAAGAAUUAGUGGCCAAAGACUUGAUUCAAAAAGGCGAGCGGCACAAAACGAUAGUGCAAAAAAGUCCUAAUCAUUACGGAGAGAGUAUUACAAACUUUCAAUCGAAUGCUCUGAAAAAAUCAAAAACAGAAAAACUAGAAGACCAGAUUCCAUAGUCACGGACCCCUACUUCUCCUUACUACGGACUAGCCAGAACUUCGACUCUCGUACUCCUCUCAGUUCCUGAGAGGAGUAUGCGAGUGCUGCCUACAGAUUGAUGAACAAUGCCACACGGUCGACCUCGUACCCAGAACUCCCAAACUUGCAAACAGGUUGACGCCAUAUAGGCCUUUGUACAUUACCAUUUUUUCUCGAUUAAACGCCGGACCCCGAUUAAACACCGGGUCAAAACUGCUGAUUUUUAAUUAAGCGCCCGCGGCGUUUACAGAGGGCUCCCCGCGUUUGAUCGAGAUCCCGAAGUUUAAUUGCGGUCGAGGUCAUAAGGAACGGUUACAACUUGAAAUAUAAUCCCUUGAACAGCACUGUUACCACAUACUGUACCAAGUACAGUGCAGUUGUUUUAGUCUUUUAAUAAACGUUCAGAGGAAAAUUACUGUUGUGUUAAACAAAACUAGGGUGGAUGCUGUACAACAACCUGAUAACUGUACUGUAUCUUUGGGUAAUGUACGUACGGGUAAUCAUCCUCGGAGAUCCAGGGGCAGGACGAAAGGAAAAAAUCGUCCCACCCUAAUAAACUGCCCCUGGGUCUCCGAAGAUCGGAAAAUAAUAAAUCUUCCUGAAAAAAUGACAGGAAAUUGCAUUUCAUUAGUAACACCGUACCCCGAUUAAAACCCGACCUCCAAAAAGCGUCGGGUCAAAACUGCCGAUUUCUAAAUAAACACCGGGGGCGUUUAAUUGAGAAAAUACGGUAUGCUCGCACUUUUUUCAGCAUUUUAGUGAAGAAAAAGUGUUAAGCAUUAUUCAAGCAUUUUAGUGGCAUUUUUCCCGCAAAAAGGUAUAAGUAUAAAAUCGUUACUUUAAAAGUUGACUGACAUGGCAAGCCGAGUCCAGCAAACACUAACGUUAGUUUUAUCUGAUCAUUUGUAGGUUAUGCAAACUGUUGCCAAGCUUUCUUGUUCAGCUUGGUGAAUCCGAGUGCCUUGGGUGCAAUCAAACUGUCGCUCAUCACUGGGAAGGAAGGGCAUGGCAUCUAUUCUAAUAGCAACUGUGGACCAGUGUUUGGCAGCGGGUGUGACCUAUACAUAUCAAGUAAUGCAAACACAAUUUCUUGUACUAGCCGUCUCGGCACCACCUACCAUUACCCACCAAGAAAACAGAGCUCGUUCCUCACAGGUGAUCAUGAUUUCUUUGUCACAGAUUACGAGGUGUUUGCACUCAAGCAGUGA